AUGGAAGGAGUUGUUGGUACAACUUCUACUGCGCAAAAUACUUUGAAUAAUUUUACUUUCACUCCUAACGAUGAGGAGUUUACUACAGUUAAGUCUAGAGCUACCUUACGUCAAGAAAACAAGAAGAAAAAGAAACAACAACACCAGGCAGCUGCUACUGCAAGAUUACCAUAUAAUAGAAAACAACAAGCAGCUUUCAAACGACAGGAACUCGACCCUUUCGUUGCUUAUAAUCCACAAAAUACGCAGCAAAAAAAGAAACCAAAACUGAUCAACACACAAGAUCAAGAUGAUCAAUCGACGCAUGAUGACUCACAUUUUGAUGAUCCAUCUGCCGAUAAUCAAUUGCCUGAAAUAGAAAUGGCUGACGCCGAAUUUUCACCAAUCGUCUUGUCUAAACAUAACACAUGGAAAGCUACUUGUACGAUUCCGGAGGCGCCUAAAAGUACACAAUUUUGUCAUUAUAUUGUUAAAAUUAUCAAAUCAAAAAUUGACAUCGUUACCACUUUUGAAGAAAAAAAACCGAUUAGAUUGACUGAUGAUACCAAUCAAGAACAAAAAUACU